GAUCGAGGACGGUCGUGGCAAACCAUUGUGAAGGCAUAAGUACCUGUUGGGUGCAUAUAGACUCAUAUAAUCUCGACAGUUUUCCUCAAUUUGGAAAUAGAGACUGCAGUAGGAGCCGACAAGGACAACAUGAGAGGUGUUGUACCAUCCACCGCUGCACUAUAUGUCUUCAUGGCGACUGUCGCCAUAGCAACAACCACCUGCCCCGUAGAUCAUGUUUGGGACACAGUCGUCAGUGACUGCGUACCUUGUGACGUGUGCAAAGAUUUUCCCGCCACUCCCAUCUGUGAAUCUUGCCGAGAUGCCAUGACGAAUGAACAACCGACGCCUGGCCCUGUCUACAACUGCCCUCCUGGUUAUGAAUGGGAGCCCAUCAAUAGUGACUGUCUAGAGUGUGAUGUGUGUGACAGUGCACCUGAUACCAGCAUCUGUAGCAAGUGUUUAGCCAAACAGGGACUAAGUGUAGCCGUGAUUGCUGGCAUCUCUGUGUCCUCUGUGAUCGCCUUCGUGUCAAUCCUGGCUGUGCUUGUCUAUGCGUGGAGGGGGUAUCAAGAAAGGCAUGUGGCAUAUCCAGUACAGACUACAGACAGGGACGACACCAUGGACUAUCAGGCAACCGUGACCAACCAGCGUAUCAAUCAACCGUGAUCAGAUUUAGAAUUUGAACAAACCGUGAAACGAAGUAACAUUCGUGUGGACAGAAAUGUAGAAUAACAGUAGAGUUGUGGAUUCCGUAGUGAUGAAGCAUUGGUACUGUUAAUUACUGUACUGAAAAGUACGAAAACACAGGUAUAGACAAUCAACAAACUUCUUUGGACUGCAAUUCUGGUUAUUUGCUCUUUUGCUGUUGCUUUUGGAAAAAAAUGAAUCACUUCAAAGUAUUUCGCACUCUGAGAAAGCUUUUAAAGUACGAAUGAAUGCUACGUUUAGCAUGAUGUACACGUGGAAUUCGUUCUUUUAACUGUCCAGAAAUUUGCUUGAAAUAAA